UUGAAGCGAGGCUGGAGACGGCUCAAGUUGGCACCCCGGUUACUGAAAUCAAAGGGCUCCUCUGGUCGCCUCGCCAACCCACUGCCCAAAAUGAUCAAAGCUCUCUUUAUUACGGCAUGCUUGGUACUUCUUCACCAUCAAGGGAACUCAACGAAGGAGCUUCCUGGGGUGAAAGACUAUGAUGUGGUGUAUCCACAAAAAAUCCAUAAAUUGCACAAAAGAGAUGUUGGAGGAAGUCAGAACUCUCACCAAAAUGCCAAGUAUGAAGAUGCUGUACAGUAUGAAAUUAAAGUGAAUGGAGAGAAGAUGAUCCUUCACUUAGAAAAAAAUAAGGAUCUUUUUUCCAAAGACUAUACUGAGACCCAUUACUCCCGUGAUGGCAGAGAAAUUACAACAAGCCCUCAGAUUGAGGACCACUGCUAUUAUGAAGGUCAUGUUCAGAAUGAUACUGGCUCUACUGCAAGCAUCAGUGCGUGCCGUGGUUUGAGGGGGUACUUCAAGAGUCGAGGUGAGAGGUAUCUUAUUGAACCCCUGAAACUCUCAGAAACUGAAGCACAUGCAGUCUACAAAUACGAUAGUCUAGAAAAGGAGGAUGAGACGCCCAAGGUCUGCGGAGUGACCAACACUACUUGGCAAUCAGAAGACCCCAUCAAAAAGACUUCCCGGAUGAGCACAAGCGCAGAAAAGCAGGCUUACCUGAAGGCCAGGAAAUAUGUCGAACUUUACAUAGCUGUAGACAACACAGUGUUCAGGAAGUAUAGCCGCAAUAUGACUGGUGUAAGGACACGAGUAUUUGAGAUAGUCAAUUAUAUCAACAUGGUUUACAAAGCCAUAAACAUUCACAUAGCAUUGAUCGGCCUAGAAGUUUGGUCAGAUGGGGAUAAGAUUGUUGUGAAUGAAUCAGCAGGCAUCACUUUAGAUCGGUUUUCGGAGUGGAGGCAAGCAGUUCUGUUGAAGCGGAAAAGGAACGAUAACGCUCAGUUGCUUACAGGGAUUGACUUCAGUGGACCAACAGUAGGAUUGGCUUUCGUGGGGACUAUGUGCAACCCUGCACAUUCCUUGGGAGUUGUCCAGGAUCACAACACAAACCCAAUUGCGAUUGGUGCAACCAUGGCCCAUGAAAUGGGCCAUAACUUUGGCAUGAAUCAUGACUCAAGCUUCUGUACAUGUAGCUCGGGAUCGUGCAUCAUGGCAGCACAACUCAGCUAUAAAUCUCCCCGGGAUUUCAGCUCCUGCAGUCUCCAGGAUUUUCAGAAAUACAUUAUGGACCGGACCCCGGCAUGUAUCAUCAACAUGCCAUUGCCAAAAGAUAUUGUUGCGACCCCAGUCUGUGGGAAUGACUUUGUUGAAGAGGGAGAAGAAUGUGACUGUGGCUCUCCAGAGGAAUGUAAAAAUGACUGCUGUGAAGCUGCAACUUGCAAACUGAAGCCAGGUGCUAAAUGUGGAUAUGGAGAAUGUUGUGAAAACUGCCAGCUUAGAAGAGCAGGAGCUGUAUGCCGACCAGCUAAGCAUGACUGUGAUCUGCCAGAACUGUGCACAGGCCGCUCUCAACAAUGUCCCAUCGAUCGCUUCAGAGUGAAUGGAUAUCCAUGCAAAAACAACCAAGGCUACUGCUACAUGGGGAAGUGUCCCGCCUUGAAGGACCAGUGCAUUGAACUUUGGGGACCAGGUGCCACUGUGGGUGUCGAUUCUUGUUAUGCUAUAAACCAGAAUGGGGUUUAUUAUGGCCAUUGCAGGAAGGCUAAUGGCACAUACCUGCCCUGUGCAAAAAAAGAUCUAAAGUGUGGCAAAUUAUAUUGCACGGGUGGUUCCCGAAUGCCCUCGAUUGGAAGCCUCGUGUCGUUUGAUACAUGUAAAGGCAGUUUUCCAAGCAAAGGCCAAGAAGAUGGUGGGAUGGUUGCCCCUGGAACAAAAUGCGGAGAAGGCAUGGUCUGCAGCAACGGGCAAUGUAUUGAGACUGAGAGAGCCUACAGGUCUACCAACUGUUCCUCCCAGUGCCAAGGACAUGCUGUAUGUGACCAUGAGCUGCAAUGCCAGUGUGAAGAAGGAUGGGCGCCACCACAUUGCGAUGACCCCACAGCAAAUAGAUAUAUCAUAAUCAUUAUUGCAGUGUUGGUAGUCAUUGCUGUCACAGCAAUAAUCAUCAUCGUCUUGUUCCGUUACCAAAUGUUAAAGAAGAAAAAAAGUCAAAGCACCCACAAGAGUGUGGCUGGAGCCACAAACCAUGGCUUCUCAGGUCAAGAACAGAAGAGAAAACAGCAUAUUGGCCCUGUGCCUGGCCCUCCAGAGGUCAACACUGCAAGAUUUCUCCUUCCUCCACCUCCACCCCAAGCAAACAAACCACCUGUUUGUGUUCAAAUUCCAGAUGAACAGCCCAACCACAUGCCGGCUAUAUAUCAAAAUGCCAAAAUGCCAAUCGUAAAGCCGAAUAUCCCUCCACCUCCAGUUCCAACAGCCAAGCCAGCUUUAAGUCCUGUCACUGGCAACACAGCAGCAGCAAUGAGGUCAGUUCCUUCUCCCCACUUCAAGCGUAAGGCCGCUCCUCCACCUCCAUCCCAGGCACUGAAACCCCCAAGUAACCCCAAGAUAUGAAGCCAGUGAAGGACCAUACCUAAUACUGUUCUCCAGUUUCAAGGAACCCUU